AUGCGAGGCAUAAACCCACCUGAUGAUUUAAAUGAAGAACAUUUCAAAUUAUUUGAACGUUCUUGUUUCAAAGAUGUUGAGCCGAUUGGGGAAGGAGGAUCCGGAAAAGUGUACCGUGCUAUUCACAGAAAUAGCGAAGUUAUUGUCGCAUUAAAAUCAUUUAAAAAUGAUGUGGCCAUUAAAGAAGCCGUUAAAGAGCUUAAAUUACACAGUAGAGUUGAUAUGCAUCCUAACAUUAUACGUUUAUACGGUGUUACUAAAAAUAAAGGUACCAAUGGUGAACAAACUAUGAGUAGAAUUGACCCAGGUAUCCAGCAAAUUCAGCAAGAUCCUUUAAACCUACAGGGUUCAAGUACCAAUGGUGAACAAGUUAUAAAUAGAAUUAGUCAAGAUAUUCAACAAGUUCAGCAAGUUCCUUUAAGUACCAAUGGUGGACAAACUAUAAAUAUAAGUGCUCGAGUUAAUACUCAUACAAAACUUAGGCAUCGGCACGGAAUAACAACCCUAACAUCACCUCGAAAAAAUGUUGUAUCCGGAAAAU